AUGGAAACAACACCGACACCAUGCGCGGCUUGCAAACACCUAAGGAGAAGAUGCACACAAAACUGCGUGUUUGCUCCUUACUUCCCCGCGAGCAAACAGGACAAGUACUUAGCCGUCCACAAGGUGUUCGGAGCAAGCCACGUGGCUACAUAUAUCAACGAUAUCCAUCCAAGCCAGAGAGAAUAUGCCAUGGACUCACUCGCUUUCGAGGCACAAGCUCGUAUCCAAGACCCGGUCCAUGGCUGCUCUCGUCUCAUUCACAACCUCCAAUGUCGGCUUAAAUACCUCCAGGACCAACUCCGAAUCGCCAAGAACGAGCUCGCCUCAUACAACAUCGUCCCUACACAAGUGCCACCGCCUCCGACUACUACGUAUCAGCAAAACCCUUACAAUCCUAAUUAUGUCACUCAUUUAACGCGUCGAGAGCCUCAAGGUUUUGAAUUAAUGCAGCAAACGUUAGAGAGGCAGACGCAACAAAGUCAUGGAGCAAUGAUUGUUUGUGACAAGAAAGAUACCGGCAAAGAUACGAAACAACGCGAACAUCAAUGA